AUGGACUCACAACACCUUGCUAUCUCACUUUUACGGUCCAGUAAUGUUAUUCGAACGGUUGAGGAAAUGAAUAGGGAGGGCGAAGAGUCAGGUGGCCAGAACCCAGCCUCUCUAGAAGAACACUUAAUUGCCGGACUGCAGUCCAUCACAGCGAUAUUUGACGGACUAUACCUACUGCGAAUGGUAGGUCUUAUUGGAGACAACAACUUUAUAUACAGGAGGGUUAUGCGGAAUAAACUGGACUCGAAGAUAAGACUAGCAAGCCUUCUCCUACUGGCCCGUAAAUCACUCCGGGAUUUGCUGAAGCUCAUACAGGUUCGCCACGCCUUGUCUGUGGAAUCAGAGGCGGCGGUCAUUCCGAUGCACUCCGAAAGGUUCACCAAGACUAUUCGCACUAAAUUCGAGGAAAGUAUGGCGAAACUCAACGACAGGAUCAGAGGUGUAAUUGUUGAUUUGGUUGACAAUGUUCUGUAUAUGGUGCUUAUUAUCAUUGAACUUCGGAAGCUGGAUAUGAGUCGCAAAUACCGUGUGCUGUUGCAGACGUUGUCAAGUAUAUUUGCAGCCAUGAAUCUUUCGCGGUAUUCGUCCUCCAUCGUGCAUUAA